GUAAUGCGCAAGUGGCGGUUCCGUACGACCGUUGUUAAUCAGUUAUCUACGGAAUGUAAAGAACAGGUGACGCAGCUGAUGGAGCCCGAGCCUAAAUCUCGACCCACGGCAAGCGCUGUGUUCAACGGAACUUGGAUAGGCAUGGACUCGAGGCUUGCCAAACUAACAUUUUUGGAGGAAUCCCUAUUAAAGCAAGCCCACGAAGAAUCGCAAAAAAGAGAUAAUAGUACAGAGGAAGAUAGUGAAGUGGAAAGGAUAGCCGAACUGCGUCGCAAAGGACGCGGAAAAGAGGGCUUGAAAGUAUUGAAAAACGUUGACGCCAAUUACGCUAAAUCUCUAUAUUUAUUCGAAAAUAAGGAUUGAAAAUAAUGAAAAUCAGGUUUUGUGUUCAUCCAUUAUUUAUUUUAACUUUUUUACAGAUUACAUUUGAUCUUAAGGUAUCGUAAAAAUGUUUUUAAAUACAUGAAUUGUAAAAAAGGUUGGUUUAUUUAUUUAAUGGUUUUUAAAAUAGGACCAUCAGUUUCAAUAUGUUGAAUUAUAAAGCUAUGGAAGACAAGGGUAAUCAUGUAAAGGUAUAUUAUUGUUCAUUACAUUUUGGCACGUUUCGAUAACGGGACUAUACUAAUUAAUAAAUUACGAUAUGAUUCAAUAAGUAGUGUAAAAUGCUUCAAAAAAUUUAAAACUGAACAGAUUAGGCCCAUUGGCCUGCGGAGCUAUAAAACUUAGCGAUAUUAAUCGGCGAUAUGA